GUAUGGGAGGUGCCAUCCUAUAUAAGAAAUCAUAUAACCACUGUAUGCACUAAGUUCUAGGUACUCUUUACUUUUUUACAAAAUUUCGAGUAGGUAACUUAGAACAUGAAAAUAUCAUCUUUAUCAGAACAAUGAACUCUGCCACCCUGUAGCUCUCUUACCUACUUCUAAAGAAUAUUUUAUCUUUUGUUGCUAUGGAAAUAUGGAUCAAUCAACUGUGUUGGUUUGAUCAAAGUUUGAUGUUCUGAUCUCUGUUCUGAUUAGGUAAUAUUUUACUGAAGAUGCCUAUAAUCAUUAAAGACUUUAAAUGGAAACAAACUGAAGAAAAUAUAGUUAUCCAGGUACCUUUACACGGUGUCCAUCAAUCCAAAAUAGAUAUUUUUACAAGCCCGCAAUAUUUAAAAGCAUCAUUUGAGCAUUUUUUCUUUGAAGUUUUGUUAUUAUAUCCCGUAGACAUACUGAAUAGUAGUUGUAUUAAAACAGGCACAGAAAUAAUUUUUGAAUUAAAAAAAUAUCCACAAGGAAUAUGGGAUAGUUUAGAAAUCACGCACAUUUCGAAACAGGAGAAAUUGGAAAUGAAGAAAAAAAUUAUAGAAACUGAACAUGCAAAAAUACAGAAGGAAUGUGAAGAAAAACAGAAUAAAAAAGCACAACUGAAGAGGGUUGCAAUAAAUCAACAAAUUGAGUUAGAUACUAAAACAAGAAACCGUAUAGACGAAAUAAGAAAAACAGAACAGGCAAAUGCAUUAGGAAAUCUAAACGAAUGGAGAGAGCAAGCUGAAAUAUCUACUAAAACCACGUAUAAAAAGAAAGAAAUAAAAAGCGAAGAUAAAAUAUGCCUAAGAGAAAAAGACAACUUUAAUGGGAAUCGUAUUUCAGGGACACUUAUAAAGAAAAAUGUAAAACCAGAAUUGAAAAAUACUGUUCCUAAGUUGCGAUCGACAAGAUCUUUGCAAAUUUUGUUUACUAACAGAGAAUUUCCAACGCCCUGCAGAGAGUCUCGCUUAGAAGAAGAAAACGAAUUCUUAAAGAAACAAGCAGAGGCUAGAAGAUCAUGUGGAUUUGUUGAUAAAGACUUGCGACCCGAAGAAAAGAACCCACAAUAUCUUUUAGCCAAAGGACAAGAAUUUUUAAAGAACAACAAUUACUUAGGUGCCAUCAGCGCCUUUAGUUUUGCAAUCAAACUGAGUCCAGAUUUCUUAGACUUGUAUAUAGCUAGAUCUGAGGCACAUUUACGUUCAGGUAAUUUUAAACGAGCUGCAGAAGAUUGUAGUGAUGCUUUAAAGUUAUUGAGACCAGCUCUGCCAAUAAAUUUAGAUGAUAGAGCACUCUGUAUUGGGCGACGAGGUGUGGCUCUGUUCAAACUAGGCUUUUUGAAGCAAGGAAUAUCAGAAUUAAAGGCGUCUCUAAAGCUGAAAAAGGAUGAGGAGUUUGAGAAUAUUUUGAACGAUUUUGAGAUGGAAUUUCAGAAGAUAUUGAUUGAAGAAGAAAAAAAGAAAGAGAAAGAGAAAAAUAUGUCUAGUACUAAAGUUGAUUGCGCAGGUUAAUUUUAAGUUAUAUUUCACUUUUAUUUUUCUAUACACUAUCGGCUUAAUAAAAUUUAUUUUUUGAUUUAAUAAAAACAUAUUUUGAAAAUUGUAUUUUUAACUUUUCUCUAAUAUGAUCUAAGUAUUUUAUUUCCCAAAGUAUAAUAAAAUUAAAAUUCUAUAAUAUAGGUAUCUAUGGUUCUUCUCACAUAACUAUCCCUAAUGUGGAUCCGCCAAAGUAAUCAAGUAUAAAAGAUGAUUUUUUUUAAAUAAGUUAAUAAAAUGGCCGCAACUAAAGGCCAGCGAGCGUCAUUAUGUCAUCAAUAUUUUGCGGGCGAACGCUUUCUCGGCGUUAGACUCCGCGGAAUAAAUGAAAAUAUUACUUUAUAGUGUUAGAAUCAUUGUUAGAAUAAAAAUGUCUAAGCUCGCACUCAUGGAUCAUCAAACCGUCCAAUCGCAAGCAAAGGGCGGUCGCUAAGUCGCUAUGCAGUCGCGUCAUUGAUGACGCUUCUGGCCUUUUCUUUAUUUGCGACCAUUCUAUAUCCACGUUUAUUAUGAGUGUUUCAAACACGCUUGAAUAACCUAACCUGGCUUCUAAAACCGAUAUACCUAAACAUGUGAAGUGUAAGGGAAAAAAAUGGGAAAACCGACGAUGACCAUUUUAUAUAGGUCCAUAAAGGCUUUUGGAAAUUCCAGACAAGUGAACUCAGAUAUCCGGGCAAAUGAACUCUGAAAUCCGGACAAAAUCCGCACAUCGCAAAAAAGAAACUAAACAUUUAUUUAUGAACUUUUUUAGGACGCAAGUAAUAGCCCGGGAAUCAACAAAAUAUGUAUAAACCAAAAAAACAUUCAUUUUCAAGGAAUGCACCAAAAACGGAAAAUCUGAGCGCCAAAGUGUAGAAAUGGGUACUUUCGAACAUGCGUCGGUUAAGUAGAGCUGUAGCAUCGUAGAGACUAAAAUAUUCAUGAAAGUAACUGAGAAAUUAAUUCAACUGUAACUGUAAAAUAUUUUAAUAAGAUAAUAAGUUAAAUUGUUUUUGUGGACAGGUUUCCCGGACGCUUUUCCAAAUUCGGGCUGGACCGUGCCGGACACUUCAAAAUGGAAACACUAAUUUUAUAGGAAAUUUUAAGUAAUUAAGUUGUUGAGAAUACCAAGUACUAAACACAUGCAAAAUUGUAAUCGAAUAUAACAAACGAUUUCCAAAUAAUACCUCAUAC